AUGCUAAUGCCACCACUCUCCCGGCGCUUGCUCCCUCUCAUCUUCCUCACCAUCACCCUGCGGCUGGCCUACCUCAUUCUCGUGCACUCGCACGACUCCGUGCUCGCCGCGCAGCGCCUGCUGCCCGCCAUCUACCACCCGGACUUCUACUACGUCAUCGUGAACGAGCUCGACGGGCUGCAGGAGCUGCUGGCCUUCGGGCCGUGGGACUACGCGAUCAACCUCUCGGGCGACUCCUACCCGCUGGUGAGCCAGGCCCGCCUGGUGGAGCGGCUGGCCUACUGGCGCGGGGCCAACUUCGUGGUCGACGGCGGCGAGCGGCCGGAGCGGGCCAACGAGGUGCCGGCCUUCAAGGCCGAGCGGCUGGCCGUGGUCAAGAGCUGGCCCACGGGGGUCACCCAGCCCGACCAGUUCGGGUCCCAGUGGUUUGUGCUGACGCGCGAGUUCGUCGAGUACGCGCUGACGUCGGCGUUCGCACGCAACGUGCUGGUGGCGAUGGCCGCAGACAAGGCGCAGAUACCCGACGAGUCGUACUUCCAAGUCGUGCUCAUGAACAGUCCCUUCAACAUCACCGUGAGCCAGCGAAAGCCGGGAGCACGCCCGCUCCCGUGCUUCUUCGGUCCGAAGGACUUCGAGGCGCUGGUCGAGUCGGACUGCGUCUUCACGCGCAAGAUGCACCCCGAGGUGUCGGGAGACCUCUACGCCAUGCUCGACCAACAUAUUAGCACCCAAUAA